UUGAGGUUGCAGAGGACUUCUAUGGGAAGCUUAAGGAUGCAGGAUAGUUAGCUUAGUUAGUGGAAGGGAGUGAAGAUGCGGGAAGCUUGUAGAAGGUGGGUUGAGCCGUCAACAGUACACGUGGAGACUAUUGCAUGAUGUAAGGUGAUUAUGCUGGGCAGCUGGAAUACAGUUAGGAGGUUAUACACGUGCGAUAGGAGUAGUUCAUUCUGUUUCUAGUUGUAAAUACAGUUCAACAUUUCUUGCUGUAAUUCAUCACUUGUAUAAAUAGUUGUAGGUUGGUUGAUUGUAGAUAUCUUGGAUCAUUGUUGUUCAUUGAACAUAGGAGAUUUGCACUCUUGAACGUGCAUGGAGAUUGGCCCUCUCGAAUGUGGCUAAAUCAAUACAAGUUCUUGAAGUUUCAUUCUUUUCUUCCUUAAUUUCUUCUUCUUCUUUACGUUUUAUACACUGAUUUUUUCAUAACAGUUGAAGACAACUGUUACACUGUGGAGAGCAAAUAGUUGGUUUCGUGCUUGCAGUUGCUACGCGGGAGCUAUAAAGUCAGCUGAUCGGUUGGUGUCAAAUCCUAGCGGAAGCUACUGUUUGAUAAAAAAAGGUCUGAGAUCGCAGAACUCAAUGGACCACUGGGUAAGACUCAUCAACCUCGGCAGGAGAUGGAGGGGUCCUUGGGCACUAACCAAGUGUGUUGAAGCAGUGGCUGUUUUAGUUUUUCUAGCCAUUGGGUUCUCAGCUUUCGUGGCAAUUAGACGCCGUGGAAGAACUCUUGGUCAAAUCAAAUUUGGUGAUUCAACUCAUUGUGAUUUCCCGGCGAUAUUCAACUUCGGUGAUUCGAACUCCGACACGGGAGGAAAAUCAGCGGCGUUUGAUCGGCUUCUCUCUCCCAACGGGGACACCUUCUUUGGUAAACCAUCGGGGAGGUACUGCGACGGACAAGUCCUCGUUGAUUUUAUAGCUGAGAAGUUGGGAUUACCAUACUUGAAUGCAUAUCUGGAUUCUAUUGGGACAAAUUUUCGACAUGGAGCAAAUUUUGCUACAGGAGGGUCUACGAUUCAGCCAGUAGAUGCCAAAAUAUAUGACAUGGGUUUUAGCCCCAUAUCUCUUGAUAUACAGCUUUUGCAGUUUGAACAAUUCAAAGCGCGAACCAUUGAGCUAUACAAGGAAGGUGGAAGCUCGUACAUCAAAAGCAGUCUCCCAAGACCAGAGGACUUUGCCAAGGCUUUGUACACAUUGGAUAUUGGACAGAAUGAUCUUCAUGGUGGGUUUUGGUCUAUGACAGAGAAGCAAGUACUGGCAUCAAUACCAAAUAUCAUCAAUCGAUUUGCCCUGGCACUAGAGAAACUAUACCAACUAGGAGCAAGAGCAUUUUGGAUACAUAAUACAGGUCCUAUUGGCUGCUUGCCCUAUGAUGUUAUAUAUUAUGCUCCAAAGUCGGAAAAUAAGGACCAAAGUGGUUGCGUGAAGUCCCACAAUGAGGUUGCCAAAGAAUUUAACAGGAAGCUCCAGGAGAGGGUGUCCCAACUUAGAGCGCAACUUCCAGAUGCAAUUCUUACUUAUGUUGACAUUUUCUCAGCUAAAUAUUCUUUAAUUUCUCAAGCAAAGAAGCUUGGUUUUGCUAAUCCACUUGGGUCCUGUUGCGGGGGUUAUGGGGUUGACGAUGUGGAGUGUGGGAAGACGGCAAUAGUGAAUGGGACAGAAGUCUUUGGGGCUUCAUGCAGCAAUCCUUCAGUCUACAUUAGUUGGGAUAGCAUACAUUAUUCUCAUGCUGCAAAUAAAUGGGUAGCCAACCAAAUUCUUAACGGCAACCUCUCAGACCCUGCAGUCCCCAUUACCAAAGCCUGUAGAAAGCCUAUUCUUUUGUGAUCACAAACCCAAAGCUCCAAUUGGAAUCUUGCAAUCAUGCAAUGAAGAAGUUACUGAAUCCUAACUUUGUAUCAGAAAUGUGGUUGUGUUUCUGUUGAUAAGUUCUUUUUUGCCAUGAAAUAGAGCUUUGAGUUCGAUUUCAAACGGACAUGUCACAGAUUUUCGAUAGCAAUGUUACAAAAGAA